UUGCGCAAGCGCAGAAAAUGGGCCCUCCUGGCCGUCGGGACUUGCACUGUCGGUGAUUCCGUCUCCUUAGACGGUGGAGCCUGCGUGACCCAGAAAGGCCAGAUGAGAAAAAUCAGAGAGAUGCGAACUAGGCCCAGAAACUUUUGCACUAAGAUUUGAAGACAGGAAGGGAAAGAAGGCGGAAUGCUUACCCGGGAGAGGACUAGCGGCCACGAAAGGGCAGCAGCUGGGGCCCUGAUUGAUGGCUGUUAGCAUACAGAAAAUCAACUGGGCCGGGCGUGGUGGCUCACGCCUGUAAUCCCAACACUUUGGGAGGCCGAGGCAGGCGGAUCACGAGGUCAGGAGUUCAAGACCAGCCUGGCCAACAUAAUGAAACCCCAUCUCUACUAAAAAUACAAAAAAGUUAGCUGGGAAUAGUGGCACGCGCCUGUAGUCCCAGCUACUCUGGAGGCUGAGGUGGGGAAUCGCUUGAACCCAGGAGGCAGAGGUUACAGUGAGCCGAGAUCGUGCCACUCCAGCCUGGUGACAGAGCAAGACUCCGUCUCCAAAAAAAAAAGAAAAGAAAAUCAAUUGAUUUUUGUAUCCUUCAACUUAACUGAAUUCGUUCAUCAAAGUUCUGAGAGAUGGAGUCUUUAGGUUUUUCUAAAUAUAAGAACAAGUCAUCUGCAAACAAGGAUGGUGAGCUCCUUAGAGGAAAGUGUUGUGCAUAUUUCCUCCAUGUCUUCAGUACCCAACACAGUGCCUGACGUUAAGAGGGCUCUUAGUAAGUGUUUGUGAAAGACUGAUAGAGCAAUGCCCUGUGAAACAAGAAACUGGAUAAUAUUUUGGAGUCUUGCUCUGUCACCCAGGUUGGAGUGGAAUAGCACGAUCUCGGCUCACUGUAACCUCCGCCUCCUGGGAUCAAGCAAUUCUCCCACCUCAGCCUCCCAAGUAGCUGGGAUUACAGGCGCCUGCCAUCACGCCCGGUUUCAACAUAACAACUGACCGACCCUCCUUACUCAUCAGAGAUCAGCAACCACAGAGUGGUUCUGGCCGGUCGAUGGAGGAUGUAUAGUGAGGGUCUUCAUGUCCUCUGCUUCACCUUUUGACCAGAGGGCUGAAUACUCCAUCAGUGGAUCAUGGCUUAGGACUCAGAGGAGAGAGGAGUGUGGUCUAUACUUCACAUCUCUGCCAAGCCUGGCACUGGAUUUGAAGUUCCACACCACUGAGCCAAACACAUCCAGGGAUCUGGUGGUAAGCAAAAUACUAUUCCAGCAAGUGAUGUCCCCAAUCUCCUACUCUGCCUGUGCCUUGACCCCUUAUGAUCCAGCCGUGUGUCCUCACCACAGCAAAAGGAUAAAGCCUCGCCAUGAGCACAGCUGUGUGCUGAGUCCCAGGAGCCCUUCCAGAGAACCUCCAAACAUGAGAAACAGGAAGUUGUGUUUGGCUGCGGACAAACUCUUUCAGUGCCCCUGGGACUUACAAGAUGUUUGGAAUGAGGAACGAAGAACGAGCCAGGAACUCAGCAGAGGCCCCCAGAAAAACGUGCUAUGCAGGAGGAGAGUUUUCCCCAUAAGACAGACUGUCCUUCAGCCCUGGCUACCAAAGAGGGGUAACCCGGGCCUGCUGUUCUCCGGGCCUGAAUGCAGCUGCAUCCUUCCCUUCCUCUGCUUCCUGUCCCGGUACUUACUGAUGGUGCAUGCACGGGGCCUGGGGAAGUUGAGUGUCUAACCCGCGGUGCAGCUAUGGAUAGGAAAUUCUGGGCAGGGACGAGCCUGUCUUCACCUGGGGAAUUCCAUCCCACAUCACACAGGGCAGAGUGGGAGUGGAGGAGGGCGGAGGACACAUCUCAGGGCCAGUAACCUAGGCUUAUAGAAGUCGUCGUCACUGUCCUCAUGAUGUUCACCCCGUCUCCUGUUUUUUGGGGCCAUGUGUUCUGAAAUGUAGUUUCAGCUCAUCAUAGGGGCAAGAAGAAGUGAUGAGUCUGUGGCAACAGAAAUCUGGGAAUCCAAGGGUCAUGCUACAUCUAGUCCUCUUUGGUAAAUUCUGCCCUCCUGUUCACACUUUUCGAGAAACCAUUUUGAAUUCCCAAACAGCAAAGGAAAUGCUGCAGGUUCCUGGAGGGACCUGGUGAUCUGGGGCAGAGCACACGGAGUCGAGAUUGCAGUGGGGUUCACGAGCCUCCCCUCCUGGGACCAGGGGCACCUGGGCAGGGGAGUCUACACCACGCAGGAAAGCCCAGUACACGCUCAUCGCUGCAGACUCCACAGUGCAGGGCUGAAAAGGCCUCUCUGUUUAUCUGCCCUGGACCACAAGUGGAAAAUAUCAAGACAAAGCAAAAGCCAAUAUUCCUUAAGAGCUUUCCAAUUGUUCUUGUCAUUUGUAGUUUUGUUUUUUUGGGGGUGUGGGGAGGGAGGGGUGGUUUGAAACAACUCCAAAGCAUACUCCAGAGGAAAGCAGGAAGGGUGACAUGUUUGGACACCAGAAAAGAGGAAGAGUCCUCAUUAAGAGGGUCACUUGGUUAAAAAGUUCGAGCCCAAAGGAUAUAGAACCAGGUGGAUAUCAUCAGAGAACAAGAUGCAGAUCUAGUGAGAUGGGUCCUACCACCCCUGAAAUGUGUUCCUGGGAGAGGGGGUGGUCUGCUAGAGUGGACUGGGAAUGGUAACAUUGCAUACUUUUGUAAGUUCACAAAACCCUCUGAUCUGCAAUAGAGGAAUAAAGGGCAGAGGAUAAACCCCAGACAAAGAUUCACUUAUCUUAAAAAUGAAAGGUUGGAAAUUAAUUUUAUGCUACUGUACCACCUUUGAAGUAUUUCUGGCAGGUGCCUGGAGGAUUCAGAUUAAUGACCAAAUUACCUGCCGAGUCAGGCCUCCCAUUAGAAGAGAGCACCAGUUUCCAUUAGGAGCACUAGCUGGAAAAUACAAUCUUUCAGCAGAGGAAACACAGUCUUCUUUCCUUCUCUGGGUUAACAGAGUGGUCGUGGUUGGCUGGGGCAGAUAAUGGUGUGGUCUUCCUCUGCAGAUCUGUUUUCUGAGUCCCUGGGCUGCAGCUGUUGAAUUUCCAGACACAAACAAGUAUGCGUUCUGAGAGCCUCGCCGAGCCCACACAGCCGGGAGAGCCAAGCUGGAUUCCAUUCUGCUUUGCACAUCAGCAGCUCUGCUGCCAGCUGAACUCCAGGGCAAAAGCUGUGCCUGGUAAUGAUGCUGGCAGCAGGGUUGGCACAGCUGGCCUGGCUUAGGCCGUUAAGGGGGACACACUUGGCCUUAUUUGGGGGAGAGCGAGAAAUGGAAGGCGAUGAAGAGUUGUGGGAACAUGUAUCGGCCUCCACAAAACUGGUGCACAGCAGGGAAACAAUCUGGUUUUGCUAGUCAUCAACAACAUGCCUGUGUGUGUGCCUGUUUAUGCUUAGGUAAGCCCAGCCUCCCACUUGCUGAAAAGGGUAGGCAGACAAGAAGGAGUGACCAACUCUGUGUCAGCUGUCACCGUGUGGAGAGCAGCUGAGGGGAACAGUGGGGCUGGAAUCCCAUGACCUCACCUAAUGCCCCUACAGCAUCCUGUCUGCCCAUGGUGCCAGAUACCUGAAUGGGAGGACAAAGGGGGCACAGGUGGUGAAAAAAACCAAGAUGCACAUUUGGGUAUUUUCUUUCCUUUGCUAGAAUGUCAUUUCUUGAUGUCUGUUUCUUGUCACCCAUUUGUGAUCGGGGACUAAGUAAGUUCCCUCUGCACCAGACCAGGUGGAAGACUGAGCCAGAGUCCCUCUGAACCACAGGAGAGAUGAGCUAUGGGGCAGAGUAGGGGCGAAGAGAAUCUGGUGCCCCCAGCUAAACUCAAAGGAGGCAGGCAGCAUGUAAGAGGGUGAUGGGGCAGCUCACAGAGAGGAAGGGGAUAUUCUUUCUCAAGGAUGACGAGCCCAAAGGCAUCGCACAACAAUUGUGAUCUCCCAGCUGGACGUUUCCUGUGGCACAGGCGUUCACAGUGUGCUUCCCAAACCAGCAGCCUCCAGGUCAGUCACUAGGAACUUGUUAGAAAUGCAGAUUCUCAGGCCACCCCAACCAUUAGAUCAGAAACUCUGGGGAUGGGGCCCCACAAUCUGUGUUUUCUUUUCUUUCUUUCUUUCUUUUUUUUUUUUGAGACAGGGUCUCACUCUGUCAUCCAGGCUGGAGUGCAGUGGCACGAAAAUGGCUCCUUGCAGUGUCAACCUCCUGGGCUCAAGUGACCCUCCCACCUCAGCCUCCUGAGCAGCUGGGACUACAGGCCUGCACCACCACGACCGACUGAUUUUGUUUUUUAAUUUUCUGUAGAAACAGGGUCUCGCCAUGUUGUCAUGGCUGGUCUUGAACUCCUGGGCUCAAGCGAUCCUCCUGCCUCGGCCUCCCAAAGUGCUGGAAUGACAGGUGUGAGCCCCUGUGCCAGCUUCACAAUCUGUUUUCACAGCCCUCUAGAUGAUCCCAGCGAAACCUUGGGAACCAGUGGUCUAGGUCAUGCAAAUGAAAGUUGCCCGAGUGAGCUGGAUUCCGCAGGCCUGUGAGGACCCAGAGCAGGCAGGGAGCCAGCUGCCCAGCAGGAGUUCAAGAUGAGCUGACCCAGUUUCAGCCUCCAUCCCCGGGUUCUAGGUCCCUGCCCUUUCCAAAGAAACAAUGAAUCAGACCAGACCACUGCAUUGGCAUAAGAUCACACUUUAGUUCAGAGACACAUUUGCAUAAAUACUUGAAAUGGAUCCACCCCUGCAGGUGGCAGC